AUGGAGAGCGCAAGUGGGAAACGCCAAGCACGAAUUCUAUCGACCGCUUGCUCGUUUUGCAGAAAGAGAAAACGGAAGUGUGAUGGUCAUCAGCCUUGUUCGAACUGUAUCAAGUAUAAGAACGAACGCAAUUGCGAGUUCGCGAGUGAUCAGGACAAGAGAAAGUGGAAAUACGACUCCGCAUAUGUGGAUUAUCUGGACGUUAAGAGUGACAUAUUACACCAAUACGCCGCAGAGUUGAUCAAGAACAACCCAGAAAAGGCCCAAAAGAUGAAUGUCGAUAUUAACAAGCUGUAUCCACCCAUGCCAAAGCUUUCGAGGUCUGUCACUUCGUUGCCGUUUGGAGUUAAUUCCAGUGCUUUAGAGGAGAUUGUAUCGACUGCAUGGAGAGUCAGGAAGGAUGACAAGGGAAAAACAGAGUUCUACGGACCUCUUUCGGGAAGACAGCAGGUGAUUGAACAAGACGACGACAAACCCUCGGAGCUGGAAUCGACUGGGACGGAUGUGACUUUCACGAACAGUGCGUUCAGAAGCCAUCUUUUGGACCUGUUCGAGCUCCAUUUUGGUUUUUACUUUUACAUCUCCGAGCUCACUUUGAGCGAAAUGAGGGAAUGGUCUUUCCCGAACCAGGAAUUGGACAAACACCUAUUGUUGUGUGCGGUAUUUUCAUAUGCGGCGCUAUAUUCUGAUCACAAACAUACCUCUGGGGCCUUUUUAGCAGAAGCUGAAGCCGUGGCCCUUUCCGCUUGUAGAGGUCAACUCAACUACAGAGUCUUGCAGGCUUUGCUGAUAUUAUCAUGUUAUGAGCUUGGAAUGGCUCAUGACUCUGUUUCGUGGCUUUUUGAUGCGAUGUGUGCCUCGCAGACCCAGUUCAUGGGUCUUCAUCUUGGAGAAGGACAGCGACCUGAUGAUCCCAUCUCUUUUUCCAACCAGAUAGUUUCCAUGUCGCCCGUGAAAUCAGCCUUGUUCUGGUCCAUUAUCCUGCAGGACAGGUUUAUCACUACAGUAUUAGGACGCGGAUGUCGUAUCCAGUAUUUCCGCAUCCAGGCUCCCUUCUAUUCUCCAAGGCUGUCUCUGGAAGCUGGUGGAGAUCUAGCACUUUCGGAAUCCACAUUCGCUCUCCAUUCUAAGUUAUGGUACAUUCAUGAUCGGAGCAUGAGUCAGAUCUACUCUUUCAAAGCAGAUUAUCUCCAUAACUCGCACAGGCUCAUUCUUGUCAAACAAGGCUUUAGUUCCCUUCAAGUCUUGUAUAACUCCUUUCCGGAGAAGGCAUUGCUGAAACCCGACACCACGGACAGAAGGGUGCUGCUGCUGCACCUAUCAUACUACGUUGUGUUAAUCCUUUUGCAUCGGUCAUACUUGAGUCAAAGCCCUGCUGACAUCAUGUCGGUUCUGAUACAGGAUUGUGAUAAGGCUGCGAGAUUGGUACAGCGGUUCAACUACUUGUAUGGAUUCGACCAGGCCCCUUACUUUGCAGGCUAUCUUAUCUUUCAAUGUGCGAUGUUUGACCUGUUUGUAAUGGCCAACCAAGACGAACAUAUCAAGAAAGGAUCCGCGGAAAGAAUGGGCAUCUAUGUUAGAGGUCUGCUUAGCUUUGGAAAGGUCUGGCGCAGAGGGGUGAAGGAUAUCAGGGUUCUGUCAUUAUUGGCAGACAAAUGGAAUGUGGUAUUCCCGCUCCUCAAAGAGGCUGAAGCUCUCACCAGAAGUGUGGGUGAAGCCUCUACUCCUGCAAGUAUGGACGAUCUCAAGGAAAACAUCCAGAAGUUUGACGAACAGUUCCAGCCAUACCAUGAUCACAUUUAUAACAACUUGAAGGUGGAGGAUGAGACAGAGAUGCCACAUCCACCGGAGUUUAUGGAUACGUUCAAUUUCAGCUUUGCUGGGGAAGAUAAUUCGAUGAUGACGCCAUCUUUGACGGAGGAAGACAGACGCACUUAUUUCUCUAGACCUCCUCCCCCAUCUUCCCAGUGGACCGGUAAUUUUUUUGGUUGA